AUGGUCGCUAAGCUCAACCUUCGCCAGGCCGAAGCCAUUGCUUCCUUGGAGUUAAAGGUGCAAGACCUGGUUUCUCGCCUCCUUCUCUUAGGUAAUAAUGUUGAUGAUGACAAAGAGGGGGAGAAGAAUACGGAGAAGGUUGUAGAGAAGGCAUUGGACCUUCCUGCUGAGGAUACCAGGGAGAAUAUCCCAGAAGCCAUCGACGAUGAUGAUGUCGUGGUUACUGCUGCUGACCAUGAAGACCUUCAUCCUUCCACCUCUGCAUUUCCAAAUGCUGGUGAUGAAGAUGAUGAUGAUAAGGAUGAGGAGGACUCUAAACAUCAUAUCCUAGACGCAGGUACUGACCUUGGUGGUAAUGAUGAUGACGACGAUGAUAAUGAUGAUUUCUCCGUUCAGAUCAUUCCAAGACAGUCUGCUAAAGGAAUCUCCUUCAGGGAACCUGCUUACCAAGGAAAAAAUAUCAAAUCAGCACUCCUAUGGCAAAGGAAAAGGAGUCGCUGA